AAGUCUCCAGCUCCGGUGUAGAUGGCACAGACGGAGGCAGAGCUUGAAGACAGAGCCAGCUGAAGCAUCCCUUUCCCUGAGCGAACACCUGAGACCCACUUGGAGGCGAGAUGAUGCCUAUUUGCACCACGAUGGAGAAGCGUAACGGAGUGGUGGUGGGAGCCGAGCUGUCCUGCAGCGUCCGGGAGGAGAAUAAGGCUCAGAGGGAGAGUUACAGCGCCGACUGGCACAGCGUCAGCCUCAAGACUCAACCUCAGGACAGACAGACCAUGAACAUGAACGACCACUCUCGCAGGGAGACUCUGACCCGGCAGUGGCAGGCCCGUCCCCUGAUCCAGUCCUGCCCCUCCGGUGUCUUCAGAGUGGGCACCGUGGAGAGAGGGGUGAGGGAGCACCAGCUGCUGCCCAAGAGGAUCACCCUCCCGCUGCCCAUCUUCGUCCCCGCCGAGCUGGGCGCCCGGCUGGGUCGCGGGGCCCCCCACACCGAGCAGGACUUCCAGCCCUUCCCCACUCCGGACGGCAUCUGCCCCAGCAAGAGGACCGUGGACGACAUCACCCGAGACCUGCCUCCAGUCAAACCCACCCUCAUGGAGUUCGCCAAAGCGCCCAAAGCCCUCGGUCGCUCCAUGUCCCAGGAGGCCCAGAGGGGGUGAAAAAGAAAAGGACAGAAGAAGAAGCGGGGAUGUUAGGGAGAGAGGAUGACAGAUGGGAAGGAAAGAUCACAGAUUAUGAUGAGAUGUAUAUAGAAAUAGUGACUGUUGGAGCUCUAAGAAUGCCACUUUUUUAUCUUUGUUGGUAUCAGAAAUGGUGAAGGUGCCGUUUCACCAUAUCCACAAAUCACUGGUGCACCUUCACCAAAGCGCAAAAUGUCCUUGUAAGGUAGACGAAAGUGCUCUUAAAUGUGGCGACCGAGGGUAAACGAGGUCUGAGGGUAGCUAAGGAUGGCAAGAGGAAGGUGAAAGGUGAAAACAGAGGGGUCGAGGGGGUCGGGAAACAUGACGUGGAAACAUCUCCGGGCCUCCAGAAGCUCCUGCCAGUCUGUGAUCGGCGUGAAGGGAACAGAAUGCGCUGGCAGGAUCACACACCGCAGCUGUACAUAUAGUAAAAUAUGUGUGUGCGAGCUCUAAUCAAAAAGGAAAAACCACUAAGCUGAUUCUUUGACUGUGAUCUUGUAAUUAUAUCAGAUAGAGGAGCAGAUUCUGCACUAGCUGAGAGAAUGUAAAUGAAUUUAAAUCGUGUGCAAUGAUGCUGAAAUGUUUUUUUUCUUUCCUAGAUAUUUAUUAUUUUUAUUAAUAAAAGUUAAACCAAUC